AUGGAGAAGGAUGAUCCUAAAGUUACAGCAUUGAUGCAACAAGCUGAACUUCUAAGCUCAUUGGCGCAGAAAGUUAAUGAAGAUAACACAGAACAAAGCAUGGAGAAUGCUUGGAAGGUCUUUCAGGAUUUCAUGAAUAAAGACAAGAAAAAUUAUAUAUUGAGAUAUGGAUUACCUGACAUUAAUUUUCAACUAGAGGAGUUCAGGGACCUUAUAGAUGUUUUGAGGAGUAGUUAUGAAGACAAUCACUCAUCUUGGAAGCAACCUGAUCUCCAUGACUCACCAGAUAGCUAUGAGUAUAGUUCAGGAUCAACCAUCACUCUGGAUCAGUAUGGUGACAGAACACAACCAUCAUUGCCUGAUACUCAGACAGAACAUAAGGAAGGUGCAGAUGAGUUUCUCUCAACGUGUGAUGUCCUGAAAAAUCUUGAAGAGAAUAUGCCCAUCUUGGGGGAAGAAAACAUCAGUUCCCCUAUUCAGGUCACGCCACUGUUCAGAUCUCUAGACUCUAGCAGACAACAUCCAAAGUCUACGGUUCUCUGA